UUCGUGUGUUUUCGUUCAAUGGAUUCUCCGCCAGUGAAACCUCCGCGAGGAGUUAAAUAUACCAAAGAAACGAGCGGUUGCGGUUUGCUUGUUUCCGUGAUAAAAACCCUCGAUGCCAGUGAAACGAACGAGCAGCGCGAACAGGAGAAGCUUAAAAUCGAACGGGAGUUCCGUAAAACCGACCAGCGGCUAAACGAACUCGUAUCACGCAGCGAUGGCGAUCUUACGCGCGUUAUGCAGCUGUUCGGCAAGGUGUCGACGGAAGUUACGGCCUCCCGGGAGCGCAUACAAGUGGUUAAGGAAAAUCUACAGUCCUGCAAACAAUUGCUGCGUUGCCGCCGCGACGAGCUGAAGAAGCUGUACACCGAUGCUAUCCAGCACAAGUACGUGCUGGAGAUGUUGGAUCAAAUCACCGAGAUUCGUAAGGUGCCGGCACAGUUGAGUGCUUACAUGGCGAAGAAACACUACCUCCACGCGACCAAGCUGCUAAUGGCAUCGAUCGAAACGACAGACGGCAAGCUGAAGGGUGUGGAAGGAUUGAACGAUCUGCGGCAAGACUUUCAAAACCGGCGCCAGCAGCUGUACGGGAAGCUGCUGGAAGAGCUGAACAAACAUCUGUACGUGUCCAGCACGGCGGACGUGCUGCAGAACUUCCAGCGUCAGGCAUCCGGACGCAACAGUCAGUAUGCGGCCGGGGCGUCCCCAUUCCAGCGGAACGUUUUGCGCCGCUCGGCGGAACGGGUGGAAGCCAACACGAAGGCACGCAAAGCGUUGUUUGAGAUCUCCAAGAAUGGGUUUUUGGACGUGGAUAAGAGCGAAAUCAUCGAAGAUACAGAGCUGCUAGAUCCGGAUGUCAAUUCGUCAUAUUUCCUGAGUAUAAUUGUUGAAUGCUUUGCAUUGUUACAGAAAGUGCCUGAAUCGAUUGAGUCAAUAAAAGUACAAAUGCAAAGCGAACUACUAGCUAUCGUAACCAAAUCCACUCAGCACAUCAAUUCGCUGGAACAUCAACCGCCGACCCAACAGCCAGCACACGGCAUUACCAGCACUCCAUCGUCCGCGAACGCAGUCGCUGCCUGCAAUGGAACACCCUCCGGUACAUCGAAUGCUGAUCCCACGCAACCCGCCCAACCGGUACCAAUACUCGAGCUGCUCGAUCUGGUGUUCAAACAGUUCAAGCUGAUCGCCAACGCGCACCAGCAAGCGCUCCGUAACUAUGGCAACGUCAUACAACGAUACAACAUUCCGCAAGUGAAGCCUUACGAUAUUAUCGAGUAUUGGGGACAGGCGCAAGCCGUCCUCAAGCUCGUACUCACCGACUAUCUGGACAUUCAGAAUGAUAGCGGUGACGAAGCGUUGCUCUUGCGUGGCCAGUUUGCCGAACAGUCCACCAACGUGAAUGCGUUCUUUAGUCGUCGAAAAACGCCGGGUAAGAAGCUGCUGUUCCGGUUUGACAAAUCGUCCCACACGGCAGAGGCGGGAUCAUCACAGCAAGCCGAUAGCGACCAGGGGCAGCCGAAAGAGCAUCGACGCAAUCUGUCGAACGUGUCAAACAGCACGCCAAAGGAGGAUACGCUGCUCAACAGUUCGGCCGUCAGUGGCAAUUCGUCCCACUUGCUGAACAGUAGUUUCCAUCAGCAUCAGCCGUAUUAUUUCGGUGGCAAGGAUGGUGCUGCCGAACGAAGGAAACGCGAGCGUGCGUUGGUUUGCUCGCCGGAUGCGUCCCUAGUGCGGAAGAUAUAUCUGCCACUGAUGGGUUACAUCCAGGAGAUAGAGAGUUUUAUGAAGUGCAAGUCGGGACAACCGUGCAGUUUGAAUACAUUCUUGGCAAACUAUGUAAAGGACGCUUAUCUGGCGCGUGGACACAAUCGGAACCUGCAGCUUACGAUUGAAUCGCUUUCGAAGGCACAGGAUGCAUGGCGAACCAUUAUCAGUCCUGAGGAAAUGAAGCGACUCGGCCUAACGCGUCCACUAUUGCAGAACACUGUCAUCGUAGAGAAUCGAAUUGCCGAAACGAAGAAACUUAUCCAAGAUCUUCCCACCUACUCCGAUGAAUUGUUAAAAAUGGUCUGUUCACUGCUGAAGACGUACCGUGAGACAUGUCAGGCGGCGUACCGCGGUAUUGUCCAGCCAGAGACGGAGGACAAGCGAAUCUACAGUGUCGCCUGGCUUAAGGAUGACGAUAUUACGCGAUUUUUAAAAUCACUACCGAACUGGACGGAUCUGAAAUCAUCGAACGCCCGUCUAAGGCAACUGCAGCAAAAGCGCCUAAUGAAAACAGAACCAUCGGAAGAGGAAAGUCCCACCCAGGUACAGCAACGCAACGUGCGUGAGGCCGAAAUGCUGACCAGCAAUCUCGGUGAGGGUGGCAUCUCCCACCAAGAGAUCCUGUCCGAUGUGGGCGUACUGAAGGAGCUGGCCAUACUGCAGGAAAGCAUGGAAUGGUUCGCGAAUCGUAUAACGGAGUUUGCUCAGGAGUUGAAAAAACCGAUCGUUAAUGGAUUGGUAGGUGCAUCACCCGUAUCAACGCCCGGGUCACCCUCACCGGCCGGUACGGCAACGAUCGUUAACAGUCCGGUUAUCGUGAAGGAUGGUAUGAUAAAGGUGCUCAUCAAUUUGGCGCUGGAAUUUGAAGAGCUGGCCAACACCUGUCUGUUGGUGCUGCAUCUUGAGGUACGUGUGCAGUGUUUCCAUUAUCUGCGCUCGAGCCCAUCGGAUCGCUACAAGGCGAACAAUCCGAACAAGAACGAUUCGCUCGAGCCGGAUGCGAAGGUGCUGAAGCUUACGAAGGUACUGUCGGACAUGGACGAGGCGCUGAGUUCAACUUUGCAUCCGAGAAAAACAAAGUAUGUCUUCGAAGGUUUAGCACACCUAGCUGCACGGAUUCUUAUAAUGGCCGCCAACUCAAUGGAAUACAUCGAUCAUUCGGGCGUACAGCGAAUGUGCCGGAAUGCUUUGGCACUCCAGCAAACACUCAGCAGCAUUACAGCGUCACGAGAAGUCGCACUGGAUUAUGCACGUUCCUUCUACGAAAUGUUCUACCUAGAUCCCGAGGAAAUACUUACCUCGAUCGUGGAGAAAGGUGCACAGUUUACGGAGAUGCAAUAUCUCAAUGCACUACAGCUGAUCUUCCGCAACCGUGGCAUCGUCGAUCCGGCUGUCGUCGGGUCCUACCAGCAAAAGCUUUCCGAUCUGCUCGGCACGAAACCCGCCCUCGGUGUGACCGUUUAGAU